UUUUUUUUUUUCGCUUUCUCUUUCUUUUUAUAUGAUGUCAAUGCUUCGUUCUUGUCUUAUUCGUGGUGUUAGAUAUUCUCAUUCUUCAGCUGCUACUCAUAGUGUUCCUUCUGUCAGAGGAAACAUUCAAGACGUUGAAAGUUUCAUGAAGGCUAUCGGCCGUAACUGUGAAGAAGUUGCUGGAAAGUUUGAAUCUUGGGAGCAAUUGUUUACUACAAAUAGUCGCAUCAUGAAGAACGAUAUGGGCAUUAGCACCAAACAAAGAAAGUACAUUUUAAGCUGGUCAGAAAGAUAUAGAAAGGGUGUUGAGCCUUAUGCUAUUUCUGUUCCCAAAAAGAAAUAAACGUUUAUUCUUUCACCAAUCAUUGACUUUACAAGGAUUCAAU